ACCUUACAAAACAAACAUUGAAAUUACUUUCAUAUUCCAGCCAACAUCACCUGCACGGCUCUGGGAAGCAAUCUCGUUUCGAAAUAUGGCUUCACUCACUAGAAAGGGGAAAAUGAAAUGUUUUAUGUUCUACAUCGCUGUCUGUUGUGGUUUCUAUAUCCUGAAAGAUUUCCUUCAACUUUCAACAAACACAAUGAAACAGGAAAUUAAACUUGGAUCGUCUCAAAAUCGAGGUAAAUAUUUUAUAUUAAGUUUCUAGCUGUUUUGCAUGGCAACUGUGAAUCAUUGGUGGAAAAUACGACGUUCAUUUGGCAAAGCUUUCAAUCCGUAAUUUCUCAGAUAGCUACUAUUCCCGCUGCUAAAGCGAUAAAGUUAUAAUUUGAAAGCUUAGCCUCGAAAAGUGCUAUGAAAGAUAAUUUGGAUGUUGCCAGAUAAUCAUAAUUCCGCUGCAGCUGAAUUCAUCUUCAAUUAGUCAAGAUUUGUAAUUAUUAGAAUCGUAAUUAUUAUCGAUUUUUAAUCAAGGAAUUAAUGCAAUGGAAAAGUAAAACCACGAGACCGCGCAGUUAUCAAUUAUGUGCUCUCGUUCCUUAUUAUUUUUCAACAUGCACUUGAAAGAGUUUUGAAUUUUCGUAUCAUUAAACCAUAUGACUGUGUUCAGAAAAAUGUGAGUAGGGGCCCCAAACAUUGGUUCUAGACAUUGCUAGAUCAGGUACAGGUAAAUUUUCCUCGAUAUGCAUGGCUACCUACUUUGUAAAAGUUCGAUGUUAUACAGAACACAUUUUAAGCCUCAUGAUGUACUGUCUGUGUUGACUCAGUCGCGUGGGUUGUCAAGUCUUCUCACUCCCAGUAUAAAUGAAAGACAGCCUAACUUCAGAGUAUUACUGUACAUUCAAUACAGCAAUCUAUUCUCAUCUGCGAAAAAACUUCCUCCUGCGAAUAAACUUUCUUAACUUCCUCCCAUUAUGGGUUCAAAAUCGUGCAGCAGAUGCUGGUCAACCUGCAGUUCUCAGAGCGAGAAAAUGUUCAUUAUUUUCAUUAUAUAUUAGUAGUCUUGUAUAUAUUGUACAAAUUGUUUAUUAGUAGUCUUGUAUUUGGAGGCAAAUAAAUAGAAUUGAGAGUUGUAGUUUAAUUUUCUUGUAAGUGGAAGCCAAGUACGCACCCUUUAACAAGCUAGAUAGGAUGUAGUCUUUAACAAGCUAGAUAGGAUGUAGUCUUUAACAAGCUAGAUAGGAUGUAGUCUAUAACAAGCCAGAUUGGAUGCAGCCUAUAAAAAGCUAGAUUGGGAAACGAGCAUAGUUUCAUGAGGGGAUUUCACAGAGCUGAUUUCCCCUCUAUAAUUAAACACGAAUCUAUAGUGCCUAGCUCGAGCGGAAAAAAUUGAACAAAGCUGUUUGAUUGGAACAAACAGAGCCGCCUGAAACAGAAUAUAAUAUCCGUUGUUAUAACAUGCAGCCGUCAAUAUAUACAAGUGCUCUUCAAAUACAAAGAAUCUUUGAUGCGGUUCAUUCGUCAUGUAUAGAGACCUUCUUUAAGACAAAAUAAGUUUGUGUAACAGCUAAAGAUAUGUCACAUGCAUCAUGAGAAAACUGUCUUUUCUCGUAUGACAUUGAAGCGAGAGGGUCUUACUGGACCUCUUCAGGACUGAUAGAGAUACCAGUAUAAAUAAAGUUAGUUUAGUUUAGGUUUCCUCCUGUAGUAACACUGGAUCAACAAGAGAUGAUCCUUACUAGACCUUUCUUGUAUAAUAGUUUAUUUAGUUCAGGACCUUUCUGAAAAUCACUUUGUGAGAAAGCUUCCUGAAAUUAAAUAUUAAUUAAAAAAAAAGAAAAAAAGAAAAAAGAAGAACAGUUUAGAACCAAUAGACUAUCCAAGUUAGUUUAGUCCAAGUGUUCUGGUGAAUCAAUAUAAGAGAUGGCUCUUACUGGUCCUCCACACAUUUUGAAACUGUUCCUAAUUUUUAGAGAUAUUUCAGUCAAGUUUUCGACAUUUACUGAGCCAUCCUACGAAACCAACAUGCACCCCCCCGGCUAUACUGGAAUUUCCUCGUGACUCAAUGAACCAUAAUCAGAGACUGCACGGGGGGAUCAUCGUACAUAUUGUAGUGGCGCUCUACAUGUUCUGGGCAAUCACCAUCAUUUGCGAUGAUUACUUUGUUCCUGCACUGGAUGUCAUAUGUGAAAGAUGUAAUUUACAAAGUGAUGUGGCUGGGGCGACCUUUAUGGCGUUAGGAAGUUCUGCUCCGGAAUUGUUCGCUUCUGUCAUUGGUUAGUAUAGGACGACGUCCUAGUUGUUUCAUAAACGAAUAUUUUUCAGGAUAGAUCACUCCAGUUCAAUAAAGAGUUGUUAUCAAUGCAAGCCCUGUAAUACGAAUUACGUAAUGUUUAACUCGCAAGGAACACUGGGAUAUUUGUAGCACAGCGCAUGCGUGUUUCAUCUUUGUGACCAGGGUUUAAUUUCAUAGUUUUACGUGUCAGAAGGCUCGAUGCCUGCAGUAUGCAGCCGCCUUCACUGGCAUGUAAGCAAAAUGCUUCCAGUUAGAUUCUACAAAACAUCGCGAGUUUGCCCCUACUGGACCUCUAGGAAAAACAGUUCAAAAGUGAUAUCUAGCAUAAAUAAACAAAGCUAGUUCAAUGCCACUGGAUGAUUGAAAGAGGCCUUAUCCUGAUAAUACCUAUUAACAUACUUUCUUCAUCUCAGGUGUUUUUAUAACCAAAGGUGACAUUGGUACUGGGACAAUCCUGGGAUCUGCUGUGUUUAAUGUUUUAUUUGUUAUUGGAAUUUGUGCUCUCUUCUCCGGCCAUGUAAGUUGCUUCUCUUUCCUUCAACAUUUGUUACAGCCCAAAAUAACAAGUUCUUUUUUAAACUCAGGUGCUCAAACUGUCGUGGUGGCCAAUAGUCCGUGAUCUCAUGUCUUAUCUUCUCGCACUGAUAGCGUUAGUGUUGGUGAUUAUGGAUGGCGUCGUUAAAUGGUAAGAAGCUCACUGAAACCUGGCUUACACUAUCAAAGUUUCUGUGACCAGCCUGGCUCGAAGUUAGUUUGCCCACUGAUUCAGUGAUUCAAUAGUUAUUAUUCGAUAUAGCAUAGUUUUACUCUGAUAUUUCUGUAGGUGCGAGACAACAGCAUAAUUUUAUUUUACGAAGCAAUCACUAUACUCAGCAAUACAGAUGUACAUCUAUCGAACACAACCAUUUAGCAUAGUUUUAUAAGUACAAGGCAAUAACAAAUUUUAUUUGUGUAGGUACGAAGCAAUCAUCAUGAUGUGUUCCUAUUCACUCUACCUAAUGCUGAUGUACUUCAAUCCAACAAUAGAAAAAUUCUUCUGUCGUAUCACUAACACAGUCAAAGAACCUCAUUCCUCUGAACAUCACUUGGGGUAUACAGGAUUAGCUCCCGCAAGGGAUGACGGUACAGACGAGUUUUGCGCAGAACAUCAUUACAAACACGAGGAGAGUCAGGGGGGUGCGGAAGAGAAUAUUGAACAGGGUGGUGAGGAUGGUGCAAUGGACACAGCAGCAAUGUUGAUGAUUAAUGAUGAUGAGGUGGAAAUCAAGACUGAUCCAGGAUCCAGUAUAGCCACUCCUGAUCAAGGUAUGACUGGCGUAGGAAUUGACGUUGUACCAAUUUGUCCAUUUCAGCACACAGUUUCAACACCAGAUACGUGUAGUUUUUGCACGCAGUAGUGGGUAGCCUUACAUACUACUAUCACGAAAUGACAUUUAAAGGUUAAAUUUAGGAUUAGAGUUACGAUAAAGGGGUAAGAGUUAAGAUUGUAUUGAUGUUGAACAUAUUAAUACGGAAAUUGACUCAAUUAAUAUUUAUUUUCAAAAGCGGAAUGCUGUCUUCAAGACAUGGAAUUCGAUGUUGCGUUAGGCAACCCGUUCCAUCCUCCAAGUGGAAAAUGUCAAAUAUUCCUGUGGUGUCUGGCUCUGCCUCUCAACGUCUGCUUCUAUUUUACAAUCCCCGAUGUAAGAAAACCAAAAUGUCGGAAGUGGUACCCUCUCUCAUUCAUUGUAUGCAUCGCAUGGAUAGCUGUGACGUCAUAUAUUCUUGUGUGGAUGGUCACACUGGUGGGAUUUACUUUCGGUGUCCCUGACACUGUCAUGGGAUUAACUUUGGUGGCAUUUGGAAGCAGUGUACCUGACUGUAUUUCCAGCUUGGUGGUCGCCAAGAAAGGUGAGGACAUGUUAGAUGCAGUUGCAGUAAGUAAGGUUAUAGUAAGGUUAUCAGUGAGAUAACGAUUAUUUAACAAACAAUGUUUCUGAGUUUCUCAACCUCAAGCAACUUGGAAUAUCAUGCUUUGGAUUGGGAGAACAAUAUCUGUCUCCCACAAGAGCACCUUUGCGUUGUUGCCUCAUUUACAUAAACCCGAGAUAGACAACAAUAUUUAUUAUACCUGGUUGCAUGAAGAAACUAGACUGAAGUGUCGGCUUCGUAAAUGUAAUUCUUCAAUUGCCAUCGUUAUAAUGUCUAGCAACAGUUUGUAGCAUUGUCGUUGAUGGCAUCUUGACGAACCACACCCUCAAACAUCUUCCAGUUUCUCCAAUGUAGUGCUAGCAUGUCACAGAGCCGUACAUGAAAUGCGAGGAGACGCAUGUGAAGCCGUGCUUGACAGAAAAUUUCGAUAUAAACAUAUUAUAUUUCUCAACAGGUGACGGCGAUAAACAUUGUGUAUACAGCUAUUUCAAUUAAGGUUGUCCACGAGCAAAGCGGAAAAGUCGAAUACGAGCGCGAAAGGCUGCUGGGAAUCGCUUUGAAAAUUCAUUAAUUUGUUAGCGAUUCCCAGCAGCCUUUCGCGCUCGUAUUCGACUUUCCCGCUUUGCUCGUGGACAACCUUAAUUGAACAAGACGCCUGCUCAGGCGUUCACACUGGCCUGAAAAUAACGAGAUACGUGCUAUGGUGCAAAAGGCAGGAAUACAAAUCUUAAACCGCAAGCAAAUUUUAUGGACUUUUUAAAAAAUAAAAGACCUUUUCGGGUGACGAAAUGGAGAUCGAUGCACGUGCAAAUCAUGCCGAUCUACAGAAUCGAUUUCCGGUUUUUCCUAACAGCGCGUUAUUUUCAUGUGCGUUCCAUGGGCCGCGCUAAAAAUAUAAAUAUUCUGUAAAUACCGAAAUAAAAGAUGAGAAUCUCAAGACACAAGCUUGAAAAUAACACUAUAAAUAAUGUUUUCGAUUCUGGUUCCAAUAACAUUAUCACGAAAAAGAUAUGUCCAAAGGGGCCAAAGUUAUGUUCGGCAAAAUGUAUGGCUAGUUUACAUUGUUUGUUGUAUUAUGAAAUAUGAUACCAUAGUUGUAUUAAAAUUCGCGUCGAACUAUAAAUGUUAUUGUAAAUGAGUAGACUUGCCACAAGUCGACCUCGAACGAAAUGCGUUUCUUCGAGGUCGACUUGUGGCAAAUCUAGCAAAUGAGAACCAUACAAAUGAUACAAUAAUGGUUCUAGUUCUUGUUGGUAUUUGAACGCACGCUUUAUCUUUCAGUAUAGCUACCACAAAGCUUUUCGUGCGGAUUAUAUUUCGUGGAGUACUAAAUAUUAUAUUUUGUGGUUUUCGAGUCAUUACACAAAGAAAAACACAUUAAUUCAACACGCAAGAAAGUCCAGAGUACGACACAACGUAAAAUACAUAGGAAACUGGCACAAUUCUUUGAAAAUUCAACGAAACUGUGUAAAAUAUAGUUUGAUCACUCUGUGAAAAGCCGCCAUUGCAGUUCGGAAUUGUGCGCGUGCGUACAAGUGUAUAGGCUAAUAAACGAAAAAUGUACCACAAGCAUGGCAUGAGUCGGCUAGUACGUACAUAAAUACGUAACUUGUUGCUAUUGUAUUUGAAUCAUGGAACGGAGGGAAUCGAUGGCAUUUUGGCUUAAUCGUUGCACCUUGAGCCUGCGAUGCGCUAACGCAAACUCGAUUUCUCGACUACGAAAAAAACAGAAAAAGAGGGAUUUAAGACACUUGGCCUACAGGCCAGUGUAAAUAGCUGUAUAUUUCUCAACAGGUGACGGCGAUAUGCCGACAAUUCGUAUUCGACUUUCCCGCUUUGCUCGUGGACAACCUUAAUUGAAAUAGCUGUAUAUUUCUCAACAGGUGACGGCGAUAUGCCGACAAUCUAAACAUUGUGCAUAUAUUUCUCAACAGGUGAUGGCGAUAUGGCAUGCAGUCAUACCGUGGGCAGUAACGUGUUCGACAUCCUGCUGUGUCUUGGCCUACCAUGGACACUCAAGACGAUGGUCUUCGAAACAAAAUCUUCCAUAGUUCUGAACAGUCAUGGAUUAUUUAUAAGCAGUUUCUUUAUCAUGGCUUCAAUAUUACUGACAUUUUUAAUGAUGCAUUUCAAUGACUGGACAUUGACCAAAACCGUUGGCUGUACAUAUAUUGUAGUGUAUUUAGUAUUUAUAACUAUUGCAUGCGUUAUAGAGUUGAAUGUAUUUGGUGAUUUUAAUCCACCGAUGUGUAAAACAGAGGGGGGCUAUUAGGCCCAGUAGCGUCAGGGCGUGGUAACAUUAUAUGCAGUGAAUGUAGUUUAUUUCUUGGAAAAAUUUGGGUUCACUUUGUACAAUAGUUUUUAUAACUUGGUUUUUGUAAUGAAAUAAAUGUUUGCAAACUAGUUGCGCAUGGAAC